AGACAACUUUUGUUUUGAACAUAUGUCAAAGGAACAUUCUCGUGCCCGCGUUGCUUGCUCCCGACGCUAAGUUCACAUUGAUUUUUGUUGCCAAGCAUUUGUUUCAUCAAUAUCAAGUCAUUCUGCAUAGACAUUAGCUCGCAUAGAACCACGUCAAUUGCAUUCCAAGGAUGAAAAUCGAAGAAGUGAAAAGUACGGUCCGAGCACAGCGAAUUGCCGCGCACAGCCAUGUGAAAGGGUUAGGUUUGAACGAGAGCGGAGCCGCUCUGCCGGUCGGAGGCGGCUUGGUGGGUCAAUCAAACGCUCGAGAGGCAGCCGGUAUUGUCGUCGACUUGAUCAAAUCGAAGAAAAUGGCAGGUCGUGCUUUGCUCCUUGCCGGUCCCCCCGGAACCGGAAAAACUGCAAUAGCUCUUGCCAUCGCCCAAGAACUUGGCAACAAGGUUCCAUUCUGCCCCAUGGUGGGUUCGGAAGUAUACAGCAGUGAAAUCAAAAAGACAGAAGUCCUCAUGGAGAACUUCCGGCGAUCGAUUGGGCUGCGUAUCCGCGAAACGAAGGAAGUCUACGAGGGCGAGGUCACCGAAUUGACCCCCAUUGAAACGGAAAAUCCGAUGGGAGGUUACGGCAAAACAAUCAGCAAUGUUGUGAUCGGAUUAAAGACGGCCAAAGGUACAAAGCAGCUCAAAUUGGAUCCGAGCAUCUACGAAUCUCUGCAGAAGGAAAAGGUCGAGGUUGGCGACGUUAUCUACAUCGAAGCCAACAGUGGUGCAGUGAAACGCCAAGGUCGGAGUGACACGUUCGCUACCGAGUUUGAUUUGGAAACUGAGGAGUACGUUCCUCUCCCCAAAGGCGAUGUGCAUAAGAAAAAGGAAGUCAUCCAAGAUGUGACGCUUCACGACUUGGACGUAGCGAAUGCAAGGCCGCAAGGUGGACAAGACGUUCUUUCCAUGAUGGGGCAACUAAUGAAACCCAAGAAAACCGAGAUAACAGACAAACUGCGUAUGGAGAUCAACAAGGUCGUGAACCGAUACAUCGAUCAGGGCAUUGCAGAACUGGUCCCAGGAGUGUUGUUUAUCGACGAAGUUCACAUGCUCGACUUGGAAACAUUCACGUACCUGCACAAGUCACUGGAAUCGCCGAUUGCUCCCAUAGUCGUCUUUGCCACAAACCGUGGUCGAUGUGUCAUCAGAGGUACCGACGACAUCACCUCACCCCACGGUAUGCCCCUCGAUCUGCUGGAUCGAGUCUUGAUCAUUCGCACGCUGCCGUACAGCAUAUCCGAAAUGGAGCAAAUCAUAAGGAUCCGGGCGCAGACCGAGGGACUGCAAAUGGAGGAUAGCGCCAUCACGACCCUCAGUGAGAUUGCAGGGCAAGCGACGCUGCGUUAUGCCGUGCAACUUCUGACGCCAGCCUAUCAAAUGUGCAAAGUGAAUGGGAAGACGAUUAUUGGGCCGGACGACCUGAAGGACGUACACGGGCUGUUCCUUGAUGCCAAACGGUCGGCAACGUUCCUAACGGAAAGGAAUAAUAAAUAUAUGGUGUAGACUUAUGUACGCUUUCAUAUACUGUUAAAUAGAUUUACGGUUUUAUUCCAGUCUGGCAUUUUUCGGAAAAAUAAAA